AGGAUGGCCCCUUUGUCUGGGACAAAGGGCUGCAGGGAACUCUGUUAGGAGCUGUCUACUGGUCCUACCUCAUUCUUCAAAUCCCAGGCAACCAUCUGGUCAGAAAAGUCAAAAAGAAAACGGUCAUUCUGAUAGCAAUGUCAUUAAUGACAACGAUGACACUACUUAUGCAUGUGGCAGCACUCUGGAGCCCCUGGGCGGUGUUUGGAGUUAAACUCAUCCAAGGGAGUUGCACUGUGAGUUUCUUAAUGUUGUGUAUGCAAAUAGUGUUCAAAUAACGUAAUCUUGCAUACAUUUAUUUUUUUUUUAAACAUGACGAGAAUUAUCAGUUUCUUUAGUCGAAAGUAAUAUAAAUUAUUUCUAUCCAAACAUACAUCUAUUGAGACUCCUGAUCAUAUUGUAUCUACCUUCCAGGCCUUCCUUAUCAUUGCCAUGUAUGGCAUUUGGGAAAAAUGGGCUCCACCCAAGGAAAGGGCCGGGCUGAUAAGUUUGGGAAUCUCUGGCCAAAUGUUGGGGAAUAUAACGGUCUUCCCUGUGUCUGCCCUGUUAUGCAAGUACGGAUUUCUAGGAGGGUGGCCCUCAGUUUUCUAUGUCUUUGGUUUGUACCUUGAAUAUUAAAUCUCCGUAAAUGACGUUAAUUGCUGGAUUGAACGAAAACCUAUCCAUAAUAAGACCUCGGCUAUUGAUUUUAAGAGACUAAUUAUAAUUAUAUUAUUCAACUUUGGUGUAUAUAUUCAUUAAGCUAUGUUCUUAGUUGAAAAUCUUUUGAAAGUUCUUCUCCAACCAUUUCCUAUUUAAUAUUGAAGUAAGCGGGUGUUUGAAAUGUUUCUUUUCUUCUUAAAUAAUGUCUUUUGGUGCUUUGUAAAGUCAUGUCCACAAGUCUGUAAUGUUGAUCGGUAGUUUCUGUCCAUGAUCUACAGUCUACUCAAAGAGAGCACAGUUAUUGCUUUAAAAUAUAAUCCAUUUUACUACUGAUAUAUUUUCCGUCAGGUAUACUAGGGGUGCUUUGGAUUCUGCUGUUUUACCUCCUGGCAGACGACAGUCCUAGCAGUCAUAGAUUCAUUACGGAAGGGGAGAAAACUUACAUUACAGAGUGUUUAGCUCAUACAGGAGGAACUCGGCUGGUAAUGAAGACUGAUUGAGAAGUCGAUGGAGUAUAAUAAAGUUUUAGCACUUUUUUGUGUCAACUUCUAGAUCAAGAAGAGUGCCCAUCGAGUUUAACAUGAGACAUGUAAAAUAUUGAAAUAUCUAGUGCUAUAUGUAUAAUUGUUUGCACAACUACACAUUACUUUUUCAUUGAUCCAUUUUUUUUGUUAUUUUAAAUGUAGAUAUUUUGCCAAUGACUUUUUCAAAUAUAUUUCUGGUUACAAUUUUAUUCAACGUUUGCUGAUACAGCAUUAGAAUGAGAAACUAAACCUUUUUUAAUGUGUUGAAUUUACUGGGAUCGAUUCAGUCCUAAAAUAUAAAGCCGUUUUUAUCGGUGACUCAGAAAAUAUCAACCUAUUGAUAAUAUUCUAUACAAAGGUAUUCUCGUCAAGGCUUGUGUCGCUAGGUUAGAUAAUAUACAUUGAGGGCUUGUGUCCCUAAUUUCGAUAAUACAAAACCGACCUUGUGCCCCUAGCUUAAACAAUACACAGACAGGGCUUGUUUCUACUUUAUGAGGGAGUAGAGGCAUUAUCCCAAGGUUAAAUAAUACGCAUACAUAUUUUGUACUCUAGAUAGUACACAGAAAUCGGCUGCACUCUACUACAUGAAAAGGGUGGUAACUUUGCCCCUCCACUAGAAAAUACACACACACAUUGCUGAAUUAAUUUAAACACAAAACUAAUGUCGCUCUUUCAGCCGGUCAAAGCUCCUUGGAAGGCCAUUCUAACGUGUCUUCCAUUCUGGGGCAUUGUGAGUGCCCACGUCAGCUACACUUGGGGCUUGUUUCUGUUCCUCUCCACACUGCCACAGUACAUGUAUGAAGUUCUCAAGUUUGACAUUAAAAACGUGAGUUCAAUUAUUCAAUCAACGUUUUAGCCAGGUCACAAACGAUACAAGAGGGCGACGUAAUAUGUUGUUUUAUUUGCGUAAAUGUGAAGGUAUUUAAAAGUUAAUCCUUGGUGUCUACAAUUAUUUCUCUAUUUAAGUUUUUUUUUUAUUUAUGCAUGAAAAAAUAUUGUUGUACUGGGUGGUAAAAAUAGUACAAUCGUGUACUCACUGCAAUCAUAAUUAAUUUGUAACAAUCACAAUGAUGUUUAACUAAUUCAUCUUAAGACAGCCACAACCCACACACUUUUUUAUUAUUCUAAACAGAAUCAUUAAACGACAAAAAAAAAUUAAAAAUUCAGUCACACAGUAUUAAUUUUUGAAACUUUUUUUAUUAGGUUUCUUUUAAUAAUUAAUUAUCAGUUAAAUGUGAAAUUAUUAUUUUUGCUUAAAUUUCCUCCCAUUCACCGGAAACAUUUUUAGAACGGGCUGUACGCAAUGAUGCCUUACAUCGCCCUCUUGCUCACGACCCAAUCAUCAGGACAGCUCAAUGACUGGCUCAUAAGGAAAAGAUUCAUCAGUGUCGUGUGGGCCAGGAAGAUGUUCAUCGUUGUCUGUGAGUCCCAUGUCAACAAAAACUGCUUCUUCUUUUUCAGCUUCUUUCAUCUCUCGUGGCUGUCUUUCGUUGUCUUUUGAGUCCCAUGUCAACAAACAUUGCUUCUUCUUCAGCAUCUUUCAUCUGUCGUCACUGUCUUUCAUUGUCUUUGAGUCCCAUGUCAACAAACAUUGCUUCUUCGUCAGCGUCUUUCAUCUCUCGUGGCUGUCUUUCGUUGUCUUUUGAGUCCCAUGUCAACAAACAUUGCUUCUUCUUCAGCGUCUUUCAUCUGUCGUCACUGUCUUUCAUUGUCUUUGAGUCCCAUGUCAACAAACAUUGCUUCUUCUUCAGCGUCUUUCAUCUCUCGUGGUUGUCUUUCGUGGUCUGAGAGCCCCAUGUCAACAAAAACUGCUUCUUCUUCAGCUUCUUUCAUCUCCCGUGUCUGUCUUGGAUGAACGCAUUUUUAUGGCUGAUAUGUUAAGUCCACUCAAACUUCAAAUGUUUAUAAAGAUAUGAAAAUAUGAAGCUCUAAAAAAAUUGAUUUGAGAAAAGAGAGGGAGGCGAGAGCGACUUUCAAAAACAAAGCAACACUUUUAUUCGGUCAUUCAACGACAGUCACAUCACGUGAUCUUCAUAUUUUCUUAUUUAAAGCUUUAUAUCGUCAACCGUCCCACAUGUCACUUUAUUAUUAACCCACAUUAAACACUACACAGGACACAGGCCGAACAACGCAAUGACUCUAAAAUUAACGAAGUCCUAAACACUACACAGGACACAGGCCGAACAACGCAAUGACUCUAAAAUUAACGAAGUCCUAAACACUACACAGGACACAGACUCAACAAUGCAAUAGCUUUACCAUUAACGAACUCCCUUGUGAAACAUUUCACAGCGCACUUGAUCCCUGCUGUUGUGUUGGUCGGUUUGAGUUUCCUGGACCGUGACCAGGCUGGGUUGGCUAUUAUGUUACUGGUGACUGGAGUUGGUGCUACAGGUGGGUAAGUUUCCUGGACAGUGGCCAGGCUGAGUUGGCUAUAAUGUUAAUGGUGAUUGGAGUUGGUGCUACAGGUAGGUAAGUUUCCUGGACAGUGGCCAAGCUGGGUUGGCCAUAACGUGACUGGUUAUUAGUGUUGGUGCUACAGGUGGGUAAGUUUCCUGGACAGUGGCCAAGCUGGGUUGGCCAUAUCGUGACUGGUUAUUAGAGUUGGUGCUACAGGUGGGUAAGUUUCCUGGACAGUGGCCAAGCUGGGUUGGCCAUAACGUGACUGGUUAUUAGAGUUGGUGCUACAGGUGGGUAAGUUUCCUGGACUGUGACCAGGCUGGGUUGGCAAUAAUGUGACUGGUGACUGGAGUUGGUUUAGUUUAUUAACUACAAACGAGAACAUAAAACAUUAUGCUUAUUUUAAAAUAUUGAUCUUAAGGCUACAGAAAAUAUGAAGCAAAUGUUCUGAGAAAAUGAUCCAAAUAUGAUAGGUGAAAGAAUAUGUCACUGUGUCGUCACCAGUAUGUCACUGUGUUGUCCCCAAUAUCUCAAUUUGUUGUCCCCAAUAUGUCAAUGUGUUGUCCAAAUAUGUCAAUGUGUUGUCCCAAUAUUUCAGUGUUGUCCCAAUAUUUCACAGUGCUGUACCCAAUAUGUAACUUCGUUGGCCCAUUAUGUCAUUAUAUUGACCUCAAUAUGGCAAUAUGUUGUCGCCAGUAUGUCAUGUGUUAACCCCAAUAUGUAACUGCCUUGGCCCCAAUAUGUCAUUGUGUGCCCAGUCAUGCAAUUAAACUCACACUACAAUAUUGCGAUGACAAACUUAAACCAAUCCAAAUCUAAUGUCCUGCCUUCACUUAAGUCCUAUGUUUGAUAACAAAGGCGUGUGGGGGGGGGGGUGUCUGAUAUAUAAUGGGAAUAUGUCAAUAUCUGUCAAGCCAGUUUCAUAUUAGGUGGAUAGUGGAUGGAGGUGAGACUUCAAAAUUUGAUAAGGACCACUUUCAUAUCAAACGAAAUAUUUCUGUUCAUAUAGUUUUAAGAAUCAGAGAUAACGCAUUCUUAAGUAUCUUCAUCUCUCAGUUUACUCCCAGGACUUAUUGCAGGGGCAUCUGUUCUUGCUUUGAAUUAGAUCUUUUGUAUUCUAAUGAUGUCUUUAUUAUGUGUCUUUAUGUGGCUGGGGAAACGUCUCUAGAACCGACUCGUGGGUUGUUUCGUUAUGGUCAGUAUGUCACAUACGAUGUGUUCGUGUUGACUUAGUUUCCAGUGUUAUGUUUUACCCCCCAGGUUUCAGUGUGUCUGGCAUUCAGGUGACGCCUUUCGACAUCGCGCCGAGAUUCGCCACAAUCAUGAUGUCCAUUAGCAACACCCUGGCCACCAUCCCAGGGCUUCUCACACCUGUUGUUGUGGCAGCCGUCACGAAACAGGUUUGAUUUGAGAGUAGUCUUCAGUCCCAAAACUUGCUUUUAAAUUAAUUUAAGUUUACCCUUUAAAAUUGCGAUCUUGGAGCAUGAAGUUCAGGGUGCGCUUCUGGUCGAUUGCGCACAUGUGCUUAAAUUUAUAGCGCACUCGAUAAGACUUAAUACUGGCCUCGUUAUUUUUCUGUCUCGACGUUUUUAACAGCAAACAAGGGAACAGUGGCAGAUUGUUCUAUUCCUAACAUCAGGCAUAUACGCACUUGGAGCACUUGGCUUCUGUGUCCUGGCCAGGUCUGACGUACAGAACUGGGCUUCUGAAGCUGGUCCUCAAACUGUGAUCAUCGUUGAUCACGGGGAGAUGGUGUUGAGAAACGAAGGUAAUCAAAGUUCUGACAACAAUAAAUAACAGAUGUGAAAAAUGUAAAAAAUAAAUUUGAGUUAUUUUU